GUACCAUCAGAGGGUACUGUACAUUGACAUAGAUAUCCACCAUGGAGACGGAGUGGAGGAGGCGUUUUAUACCACCGACAGGGUCAUGACGGUGUCCUUUCAUAAAUAUGGGGAGUACUUCCCUGGAACUGGAGACCUCAGGGAUAUUGGAGCUGGAAAAGGCAAAUACUACGCUGUCAACUUCCCACUGAGGGACGGCAUAGAUGAUGAGUCCUACGAGCAGAUCUUCAAGCCCGUGAUGGCAAAGGUGAUGGAGAUGUACCAGCCCAGCGCCGUGGUCCUCCAGUGUGGCUCGGACUCUCUUUCAGGGGACCGGCUGGGCUGUUUUAACCUCACCAUCCGAGGUGAGCUUAUCUUCCAGAAACCACGGCUCUCAGACACGUCCGGGUACCUGAGCGUCUUUGUGCUUUUACCAGGGCACGCCAAAUGUGUGGAGUACAUGAAGUCCUUCAACCUGCCCCUGCUGAUGCUCGGCGGGGGGGGGUACACCAUUCGGAACGUGGCCCGCUGCUGGACCUACGAGACCGCCGUGGCCCUGGACACAGAGAUCCCAGACGAACUGCCAUAUAACGACUACUUUGAAUACUUCGGACCUGACUUCAAGCUGCACAUCAGUCCGUCCAACAUGACCAACCAGAACACACAGGAAUACUUGGACAAGAUCAAGCAGCGGCUGUUUGAGAACCUGCGGAUGCUGCCCCACGCCCCGGGGGUCCAGAUGCAGGCCAUCCCAGAGGACGUCGUCCCCGACGACAAGCUGGACGAGGACACGGAGGACCCCGACAAGCGCCUGUCCAUCCGCGCCACGGACAAGAGGAUUUCCUGUGAAGAGGAGUUCUCCGACUCUGAGGACGAGGGGGAGGGAGGCCGCAGAAACUCGGCCAGUCACAAGAAGGGGGCCAAACGGCCAAAGGUGGAAGAAGAGCAGAAGGAGGAGGAGGAGAAGAAAGCUGGUCCAGGGAAAGCCUUUAGCCGCUCCCACUGGGAGCACGAGGACCCGCUGGGGUUCUGGCUGGAGGUGCUCAGAGGAGCCUCACAGAUCAGGGCAAAAGAGACUGUUUCAAUGUUCUUC